AUGGCAAUGGCUCAACUCUCUAAUAAUGUGAUCAAAUGUGUUGAAGAAGAAAAAGAAGAAGACUACUUAUUAAGUAAAGAAUGGAAGGGAUUGGUAUCAACCUUGCCAAAAGAGCAAGGAUGGCUUUCAAGGAACAUAUACAAAUACCAAGGUUUUUGGUAUGACACUAAGCACCUUCAAGGAGUCUUAUCUCUCCAAAAACACUUUAAAGCCAAAGAAAAAGAUAUCAUCCUUGUUACAACUCCCAAAUCAGGAUCAACUUGGAUCAAAGCUUUAGCAUUUGCAUUGCUAAACCGCCACAAAUAUCCAAAUGCUCAAAAGAAUCAUCCUUUGCUUACUAACAACCCUCAUCUUCUUGUACCCUUUUUAGAGAUUAGUCUCUAUUCUAAAAAAGACUUUGUUCCUAACCUUGAUUCAAUUCCCUCGCCGAGAUUAUUAUCUACUCAUCUUCCUUUUGUGUCUUUGUCAGAAUCAGUUAAGAAUGUAAAUUGUAAGAUAGUGUAUCUUUGUAGAGAUCCUAAAGAUGUAUUCGUUUCGCUAUGGCAUUUUACAAACAAACUUGGGCCAGAAACUAGGUCAAUUGAUGAAUCGUUCAAGCAGUUUUGUAGGGGAGUAAGUCCGUUCGGACCGUUUUGGGAGCACGCAUUAGGGUAUCAGAAAGAAAGCUUGAAAAGGUCGGACAAGAUAAUGAUUCUAACAUUUGAGAAAAUGAAAUUGCAUCCUGAAUUGGUUUUGAAAGAAUUAGCUAAGUUUAUAGGAUGUCCAUUUUCUAAAGAAGAGUUAUCUAAGGGUAUGGUGGAUGAUAUCUUGAACUUGUGUAGCUUUGAUAACCUAAGCAAUUUAGAGGUGAAUAAGAAUGGAAAAUUACCAAAUGGUGCAGAAGCUAAAGUUUUUUUUCGUCGUGGUAAAAUUGGUGAUUGGAAAAACUAUCUCACGACUCAAAAGAUUCAGAAAUUGGACACAAUUAUUGAAAAUACUUUGGCUAAACAUGGGUUAACGUUUUAG